AUGAGCAAAAUAUACAACUGUGCGUGCUUCGGCAGCGGCAUGGACCCGAUGUCGCGCGCGGGCGUGGCGCGCGCGGUGCGGCGGUGCGGCGCGCGCACGGGCGCGGGCGUGCUGCUGGCCACGCACGCGCUGGAGGACGCGCGCCGCGCCGCCGCGCGCGUGGCGCUGCUGCGCGCCGGCCGCCUCGUCGCCGUCGCGCCGCUCGACGACUGCCUGCGCCGGUUCGGCGGCGGCUACGUGGUGGCGUGCCGCACGGCGCGCGGGCGCGCGAGCGCCGCGUGGGCGCGCGUGGCGCGCGCCGCGCCGGCCGCCGCGCUGCGCGUGCUGCACCAUGCCGCGCUGCACUUCCUGCUGCCCGCGCACGCCACCGUUGACGGCAAAGAAAUAGAAACAAAUCUGAGCGACGUCUUCCGUCUCCUCGCAGAGCUGCAGAUGAGCUGCGACAUCGAAGACUACACCGUCAACCAGAGCUCGCUCGAACAGAUGUUCCUAAACUUCACCGAGAGGACCAGCAUCCUGGAGAGCGCGGAGGAGCCCCCGCCGCCCGCGCGCGGCUGUGAGGAGCUGGACAGCGUCACCUCGCUG